CAGAAAUCUGGCACUAGCGCGAUAAUUUAAGCGCGUUGCAGCUCGUUUGUCUUUCUCGCUUAGCUUUGAACUUCUGCAGUUCCACUAAAGUUCGGUAAGUAAUGUUUUCGUUCACGUUGUAGUGUUUUAGAGUUUUUAUUCCCAGUUUGAUAAAGCAGAAGUUACUUAUUUAACCACCGAAAUUUUAUACCAGUAUCUAUAAACGAAACUCGAAAAUGAUUCCUGGCGCAAAUAUCCGUCACUCAUCGAUCCUUCGGCAACCUCUCACUGUACAGAGUACUGUACGGCCGCUCUUUGUCGAGCGCAAAACGUUUCGUUGAAACUUCUUCACGUUCUGGGAAGUAUUUACACAAAUCUGAUGUGGUAUUAAAUGAAAAAACCAAAUGAGAGCUUGAAACGAACUGCGCAUUAAAUUAUUUAUGUCGUUCAUAUCAUUUGACCCUUCAUGCUCUCAUCGAUUUUGGUAUUUUUUCUUGACAUUCAGUGGGUGUCAAGCACUGAAGCCUGCCAUAGAAUGUUCUUUCUGGGAAACUCUUUCUAUCCUGCCAUGCUCUUGUCUAUAACGAAAGUCGUUUUGUUUUUAUGCUCUCUUGACUUUUAGUUAAUUUCAGGUACACCAACUGUACCAGAAAAUUAACUUUCUAUAAAAACGCGGUAUAAGUAAUAUCUAUCUAUCUAGCCUACCAGUUUUUUGCCUCCAUCACAAUAAUUGACGAUUCUUGCAAAUUAAUAAGUGAAACUUAAAUCGAUAAUGCUUUCAAAGGAGCGGGUCGGCAUAAUGAAUAAGCUUGUCCUGUAUGGGAGCACUUCCGAAGUGGACCUGAAUAAAAAGAUACUGGAUCUGGGCAGUGCUCGGUGAAAUAAGUACACAACGCCUGAGCUAAAUUGAAGCCAAUAAGUAAAACUAUAGACAGUGUUCUUACCAGGAUUUCGUACACUGGGGUCCACAGGACCCAUAGAGAAGCUAAAGGGGGGUCACGAGGGAGAAAAGCGGGUCACAAUUUUUAGAUACAGUUAACUGAAUGUUUUCACAGGUCUGAGCCGUAGGUAAUGAUGGGUGGUUUCAAAAGACACCAUAGCCAAUUAAAUUUUGGCUUAUAUUGUAAGGAAAUGUACUUAUGUGUACAUCUGUUUACAUACAUUUUGUAAUAGGUUUUUGUCCUUCUUUGCGCCCUUGGGACCCCUUGGUUAAUAUUAUUAUAGUGCAGCAUUUCCCGAAAGAGUGCGGCUGGUAAGAACACUGUGUUCAAAGCCAUACACACCAUGGAGAACACAAAAGUACAAGUUAGAAGUGGGGUAGAGAAAGAGUAAAAACGGAACUUUGAAAUGACUUUGUACUGUCAGCCACUUGUCUAGUGGUAUUAAGGUUAACGAUCAGAGCACCACAGAGUGCUAUCUGAUGGAGUGACCCGUCUGUCUAGCAGGUUUUAUUUACGAGUACCUGUAGUCCAAUGGGCAAGCAACAUUUGUUGUUGAAAUUUGGGGUUGGCAGACCUGCAUGGCUGCUCCAGGCUCAUAAACUUCAGCAGCUGCUUGCCCGAAGCGAUUUUCUUAUUUUUCACCUCAUGCCCUGACAAUCAUAGGAAUCAUAGGAAAUUAUUCUUUUAAAUCUAUCUUUGAUCCUUUUUGGUAAUUUCCUUACAAAGUUAUUGGUAAAGAGUUUCUCUCCUUAUAUUACUGUCAGUGAUAGCUGAGCUUUUUUCUGUCGGUGGUAACAAAUAGGAGUCAUUGUCAUGGAAACCAUCCCUAGGAAGAAACUUGACUCCAGAGCAAAUGGAGUGUACAGUUCUUGGUUUUGUUAAUAUGUGUUCUUUAGGUUUGUUAAUCAAGGCACAAAGCAUAGGUUCAGUAUUGUUUAUUCCUUUUUUUGAAAGUUCUUGUCUCAGACUUGCUCAUUCAGAGGCAAUGAUCAUUAGAGACUGCAAAAGAAUGAUGACAUUGUGAAUAAUCACUGUGAUUAAAAGAAACAAAACUUUCCAAUUCUUUUUUUUACUAGACUGAUGAUCUGAAGAUCUAAGAUGUGAUGCACAGAUAAGAUCAAUCGAUGAUUACCACUCUCAGUUCAGAAGGCCAAACACUGUUUGACAACAAAGGAUGGUGAUAAUUUGUAAGAGGAGUUAGUAUUUACCAUGGAGGGUAGAACAAAGUGGCAUUCCCCAAGGACAGUGAAGCGAAAAAACUUUUUUGGUGAUGAUAAUUCAUCUCAUGAGAUAAAAGAGGAACGUUUCAGAGCUUGUGAGAAAGCUGGCUGUCCAGCAAAAAAGCCAACAUGUUGUGCCAGGCUUGAUAAAACGUAAGUCAUGUAAGCUAACAUUGGUAUGAUGUGAGGCACAGUGUACAAGACAAAAAAUUAAUGGCCUAUUUAAACUAAAGAAUGAUCCAUAAAAGGAUGAUGUAGAAUGUCUUGUUUAUUGUAUAAAGUUUUUUCUUUAACACCAUGAACUUACACUGUUUGUAGAAUUCAUAGAGUAGUACAUGUACAUGUAUGUUCUGUUUUGUAGCUUUAUCUUUACUUUCCAUUAUUUUACGCACUGUACUAGAUGCUCUGGUGCUGGCUACACAUCAAGAUGGUACCACAUGUCAGAUGGAGAACACUUUUGCAAUGCUUGUUUUGAUCACAUGUAUCGCAGGUAUGUCAGUUUGAAUAUUUAAUAAUCACCCUAAUUUGUGCAUUGUUACAAAAAGAGAUUAGCCCAUGAAGAAUUGGUUUGUACAUGUAUACUCUUUUAUUCAAAUGUACUUGUGUAACUACUGGGUAACCCUCUAGGGAAAAAAGUAUAACUGUUAUGUAAUCCUGAAACGGAAAAUUUUGACCAAGUUUCACUUUACGAUUGUCGAUGGAUUGAAAUGAAUAAAACCAUACAUGUAUUUGAAGUAACAGAGGUGUGAUGGAUUAAAUACUUCUCAGGUCAUUAAAGUUUUUACUAUAUGAUGUUGUACAGCUGUAGCUAUGCACAUAACAUUCCAGUGUGCAUAUAAAUAUUAGUUGGUUAGAUCAUAAACACAAGCCAAAACUUUGCCUGUAAAUAAAUACACUGUACAUUUUUUAAUCCUUGAUAAAAAAUGCAGGGAUUAUAUCACUAAGAUCUCAAGUUCUCAGGUAAAUACAACAUAGUAGGCGGGGAAUCAGACAGCUAGGGAUUUCUUUUGGUUCUAUUUUUCUUCUAUUUUCUUAUGAAAGUAGCCGGAAGCCCCAUUCACAGUAGCUGGGGAAAAACCCUGGCCUCUGCCUCUUAAUGACAGCCUUGAAAACAUCAAAUAAGAUCUGAUGAUGUUUAAAUGUAACAUACAUGUUCCAAAUUGCUUCUGUUUAUCUCUUUUCUUUGCUACUUAACAUUUUACUUUGUCAAAAAUGUCAUAUUCAAUCUUUCUUUUCAUCUUUCUGGUCGUGCUUGUGCAUUGGAUAAUUUCCUACGUGUGUUUCAGUUUUGCCUCAUGUGCUUUUGGAUUGACAAUGUUAUGAUUAUUAAUAAAUUAAAAUGAAAAUAAUGAUCUCUGUGUUAAGUUGCAAGGGCGGUUAUGAAGCCUACACAAAAUGGAAAUAUGAUUGGACCAUUCAUUCUGGACAGAAGGAAGCAAGCAUCAAGGUGUACGUUUCAGAAAUGAUUAUGCCUUUUUGGGUUCAGUGCACACUGUGUUUAAAAUGGAGAGAAUUCCCAGCAAAGGACCUUACACCAGCUGUGAUCAAAUCCUGGAAAUGCUCAGCACCAAGUUGCAUCAUCACAAGUAACAAUAAGGUGAAAUGUAAAUACAGCAUAAUUAAUCUUUGUCUGAGUGCACACAGGUGUGCUCUUUUAGAGCUUAAAUCCCUGUCAGAUUUAGACACUUAAUGUUGCAUUUUUUAACCCAUCCACUUCUGAAUCUCCCAUAAUUAACUGCCUGUGGGGAUCCACGUCCCUUUUAAUUACUGCUUGUGAUGCCAUCAGUUUUGAAUAAAAAUGUCGACAUGUGUAAACUUUGUUUCAAAUGUAAUAAUUACGUUAAUUUUUCUUAUAAAUAUGUUGUGUUAAUAGGAGAAAAAGAAAUUAAUCAGCCCUUGUGAUCUUGAGGAGGAUGAGGUAUUAAUCAGUAUUUUUGUAUUUUAUUUAGCAUACCUUUCAUUGACCAAAAAUGAGGUCAAGAUGAAUGAAUUUUGAAUGAUUGUAGUAGUAUAUUGUAUAGUACAUGUACUGCAUGGAAGUACAUAACUGUAUAAAUGAGUGUAUAUUAAAGCAUGUAGUGAAAAGAGUGUGUUUCAUUGUGUUUCUGUUGAUAGAAUUUAAACGGACCCAGAAACUUAUAUCUUUAUAUAAUAUAUUCUAUAAAUGUCUAGGUAGGUUUAAAGUGAGAUCUUUACUUCUGGGGUGUGUAUGCAAUCAUCAGACUUAAAAUAUACAAUAAUGAUAUUAUUUCAAACAGUUUUGUAGUAUCAAACAGUUGAAAGUAAACAUGAAAUUUAAUGUUUGUGUCAUUGUCAGUGUAGCUAAUAUUACUAAUGUCAUUGUUACCUUACAUUAUGUUUUUUGUCUUAUAAGAGAGUUUCUGCAGUGAACGGUGCUGAAUGGUUACAGAGUUUGACGGAGCCACCUCUUCUUCAGUACAGCCCAGCGGCGCAAUUCCUUAAUUCUUAUUUUCCUGAUGGUGUUGGCCUUAGUCCUACAUUAAAUGAUUGGAAACAAGAUGUUGAAGACUCAACAGGUACAAUAUUGUUUAAGAGAAAAAAGUUAGGCCAUGGGUUCAAAUCUUGUUGAAGUCCGAAAUGUUUUUUUGGGGGGGUUAAUUUGCAAUAUUGCUUAAAUUGCAAUUACCACUGCAACAAUCAUAUCUUUUUUGAAGAAGUUCUGUUGUUGAAUACUCAAGUGACAUUAAAAUUUCUGCAUUGAUUAAACAUGAUAAUGUUUCAACCCAGGAUAUGUGAGACUGUUUCACCACCCAGAAAACACUGAAACAGCACUUACCUUCCGCCCUGACAUUAUGGAAUCAGAAGAGAAAGAAGCUUUCCCAGAAUUUCUCAGGUAGUUUACAUCAACUCUAUCAAAAUAACGCUUAUUUUAAUUUCUACUUUGAAUCACAAGUCAUCCAUGACAUGUUGAAAUUAACUUGUUACUAUAUCCUUAGACAACCCAUGCUGUAUCUUGCACUGAGAAAUCUCAUUAUAUCAUUAUGGAUGAAAAAUCACAAGGUAAAUAAUGACCAAAUGAUGUUUAUGUUGCAGUUAAUUUUUUAUCUUGGGUAAUUUUUAUUUUCUUUUGUUUUUGGGUAUGUUAAUGUAUGCUAAUGGGGUUGAAACAAAAGAAAAAUAAAAUCUGCCUGAGAUAAAAAAUUAACUAUGUACAACAUUUAUAUUUUUUAUAAGGAGCUGCAUGUGUCCAGGAAUUUGCAUUAAGCCAAAUUAAUUCAGAAACCAUAUUAAAAAAAAAAAUAGCCACAACUUAAAACAGGGGUUGAGGAACACUAGUCUUAAACUACAGUGUAACGCAUGAAAAGCCUAUGAAUAAAUAAAAAUAAAACAGGCAGGGUUGGAAAAAAGGUAAGGGUGAUUAAAACAGAUUACAAUAUUACAUUGGGGGUUUUGAAAACUGUUUAGUUUACAAUAUGGUAUUUGUUAUUUUAUUUCAAUUAUGGACAAAAAAUUGCCGGCGACAAGAAGAGCCUUCAAUCAUAAUCUCCGGGUUGCUUUUAUGCAUGCAUGACACAUAUAUAGCCAGCUUCUUUUAACAGCUUCAUUUGGACUCCCACUAAGAAUGAAUGGAAUGCACUGAACGCAAUCUGAUCUGACGCGUGUUUAGAUGUUCUAUAUCUUGUAAUUUAAUUGCACAGGUUUUGACCUUCUAUCACGUAACGCACCUAUCAAUGUAAAGCCUGGGGGAGGCACGACAUGGGGUGGGGGUUGGCCCUGGGGUACCAGUGGGGCAUUUGACCGAUCUUGUUCUCCUGGGGGAGGGGAUAUUUGAAUCUUUCUUCACCUGACAUGGGGAUAUUUGACUACUGACUCAGACGAAAGAAACUGAUACCGACCAGACAUUUCUCACUUCACUCAUGCACCGUACAGUCUGGAAAUCAAGAAGGUCAAAGAUGAGGAUGAAAGCAAGUGAAAGUUGAGUGAAUUUGAUUGUGUUGUCUUCACAUUUUGUUUUAUUUAGGGAAUUUGACAACAACUAAUUUUUUGAAAAAAUUCCCACCUCUUGCCCUGCCUCCCCCCUGGCUUUACAUUGAUAAGUGCAUAAAUCUUAUGCAAAGCAUGGUUUUGAGCAAAAUCAUUUUGACCUUCAAAUUGAUGUCGCCUUCACUCCAUAACCUUUGAUAUCACCAGUUAUUUGCUUUAAUGUUGUAUUCAUGUAUCUAUGACAUCAUGAUGGUUUGUCUAGGAAUUUUUGACUCCAGAGAAGUGUGCUCACCACAUUAUCAUCAGAGGACUCAUCAGAGUGUUAUUGGCCAGAGAGGUCAAGCGCAUUCUGCUGUUUCUAACAAAAAAUGGAUUUGUUAACCAUGGUAUCUUACGUGAUGUUCCCAGAAAUUUGACUACCAUACCUAAAGACAAAGAGGUUUGUUUGUUAUUGCUGCUGUUUUCGUCCUUCAAAUUAAAGUAGUAAGAGUCAGGUUAAAACAGAUAAGUAAGUGUUAGUAGGUAGGCAAGUAAGUAAGUAAAUGAGUACAUAGGUAAGUAAGUAAGUAAGUAAGGUGAAUUAAAUUUAUUGCUGCGUUAUCAAGCCAGCUUCUCUGUAACUAGCUUACCAUUUAACUGAAUAAGCACUGGCCCCAAUUAAGCGCCACUCUCAAAUAAGCACCACAUUUGGAAGAAAGAAGUUACUAAUCGCCGCCCCCGAAAUAAAAUUAAAAGAUGUUAAGACGGAAUCCAUCAGGAAAUUGAGUAAUUUUAAUGUUCAGUGGACAAAAACCUUGUACCAGAAAAAUUUAAACAAUACCGCAUUCAUUUGAACAUUCUUCAAGGGCUAUAGAUGUUAUUAGUUAUCUGUAGUAACACCAAAGAAAAUUUCUUAUAAGAACCCGAGAAAAUACAUGUCAAAUUUCACAAAAUGACAUCUUACACAUGAAAUUUUUAGAAUUUCACCUGUAUUUUCUCAAUUCUUGCAAAAUGUGACUUUUAUUUUCUAGGGCGCCCAUGAGAAAUAGUCUUUGGUGUUAUUACAGAUAACUAAUAUUGUAUCUAUAGCCCUUGAAAAAUGUAAAAAAUGUGAUAUUAUUUACAAUUAUUCUGGUACAAGAUUUUUGUCCACUGAGAAUUGAAAUUACUCAAAUUCCUGAUGGAUUCUGUCAUAAUUCUGUUAGAUGUUAAAUAUGGAAAAUAAUAGCACCAUAGUUAAUACAAUUCUUUAUCAUGUCCAACUUCCAAAUAAACUCCACCCUCAAAUAAGCGCCUCUCUCAAAUAAGGACUGCACUGGAGGUGUGAAAAAUUUAAUAGGUGCCAUACAGCUUCUUUAGUCAGUGAAGCAGCUUAAUGUUGAAUUCUGCAAUUAUGAAUUUGUUUUCAGCUGUCAGUUAUUGUGAUUGGUGCUGGACCUGCUGGUUUGUCUGCAGCGAGACAUCUGAGAAAAUUUGGCAUUCAGGUACUUGGCCAGUUUAAUUAGUGUUGCAGAUGGUGUAUCACCUGGGGAAUCAGAGGGUUACUCCCUGCAAUGGCCUAUUAGGCGGGGGGGGGGGAUGGUGUUCAGCCCAAAAGGGGCACCAUUUUCAUGCUAGGGAUUUCCCUAGUUGAAGUAAAUGAACGGGUAGGAAAAUCUGUCACUUUGGUCGGUAAAAUGACCUAAAAGGGUUAACUGAAGGAUUUUAUGGCCGUGAAAAAGUCGAGAAAAUAUCCUGUUUUUUCCUUCAAAAUUAGCUUGGAGCCUUGUGGUUUUUCAUGAAAACCUUUUCCACCAGCAAUGAAACUAGUAAAUGUCCAGAAAAAGAUUACUUUUCCAGCAAGUCUGAAUUAAGUCAAGCUUUCUUAUUGCAACUGUAUAGGUUGGAUCUUUAACUGCAUCGAUCUUGCAUUGAAAAGAAUAUUUUGUCAUUAUUUCAGAUAGUUAGGGUUUUUGAAAUGAGAGUUGUACCAAAUUCAGUUUCUGCUUUUGUCUUAUUUGAAAGUCAUUAGUCAAAAAUCAUGUCUUGUUGAAGGUAACCUUAGUGGAAAGUAGAGACAGGAUUGGUGGGCGUGUCUGGGAUGACAACAAGUCUUUGGGCUGCUGUGUGGGCAGAGGUGCUCAGAUCCUCAAUGGCUGUAUAAACAAUCCAAUAUCUGUACUUUGUGUACAAGUAAGUCCCCCCCUACACACGCUUUAUAGCUUUAGAUUAUGUCUCCCCUGAAAAAACCUUUUCCUCAUGUUUUGUCAAAGUUGACUCUUUUCAUUGCUUUCUUAGUAUAUUAGUAGAAAACAAUAUCACUUUGAUUUUUUACAUAAAUGAUUUUGUGGAGUGAGUGAAAUAGUCUUGAUUAAUUCAUAAGUUAAAAACUACGUAUCUUAUGUUACAAAACUUCCAAUUUUGAACUAAGUUACAUCGUAAUAAUUUCAGAGGUAAAUUAUAUUUAAAUAAUAAUAAUAAUAAUACAGAUCUAAGAGUUAUUAGCUCAUUUGAAAAAUACCAGUACAGAGCUUGGUCGUAUGUGCCCCAAUCUCCUCGCGGUUUCUCUGCCCUCGCCCACCUUUAUUACUUAGCACACCCAACCAAAACCGCCAUGCUACGCAUGCUAAUUAGGCGAUUAAAAUAGGAGUUCUUCAUUCGUUCUGUCUUUAAUUUUGGCCGGUGACUAGAUUUGUGUCUUAGAUUGUAUUCUGUGACCUUCAGUUUUGGCAUAAGGUUUCUCAGAGGAUGUUUCACUUGAUUUUUUACCUUUUACCCAAAAUAAAUUCUAUUAUUUGUUUACUUCUUUAUUUAUUUUUGUUUCUCCAUGCUAAAGAAACGUGUUGAUCUCUUGACAAGAUGAUUUAAUUACUUUUGUGUUACCUUUCAAAUGUAAGCACAGUUGAAAUAGCCUGCAAGCAACCUCUCCAUUUGACAGCGUCCCCAAUACAGCCUACCAAUAGGGUUCUUCAAUCCCGUAAUCCCGACCCAAAAUUUCGUGUAAUCCGUAAUGCCGAGGGUUAUUUUAGGUAUUCACCUCCUGCGCAUACUUUCAAUCAGGAAUCUCGCCCCGAUUUUGCUUUUCAAUUUCAAAUCCCAAGGUUCAAAUAAGGCAAAUUCGGAAAAACCUACUGAGAACCCGAAUUUGAGGGUUAAGCAAAGCGAGCCGUCCUAAAGUCUCUUUUCGCCUGGCGCUUGCACGUGACUUCUCACUGUAUCCUCCAAAUAGAGAACUUGCUUGCAGACGACACCUUGUGAAUACAGUUGACCAUUUAUUACUUAGAGUUUAAAACAACGAAAAUCACUUGAUGGGACUUAAGUAGCGCAAAUCCUCUAUUAAACCCGCUCCUCUCAAUCAAGCUUCCCUCUCACUCUCUCUCUCUCUCUCUAUGAAGUCCCCAUCCAGCGUGCUUGAAAUAAAUAAGCCCCUAGGUGGGGGGGUAAAUCCACUAGGGGCUUAUUAAAGUAGAACAUUUACUGUAACAAACGUUUCUUACAGGUUUGAAUGUAGUGUUAUGGACAGUUUUCAAUUAAUUUUCCAGUCUGGUCUUCCCAUGCAUCAUAUUAGCAGUAGAUGUGAUCUGAUUACAGAGGAUGGAGAGUGUGUGGAUAGUAGCCAUGACAGUAAAGUGGAAUUUCACUUUAACGCUCUGCUUGAUGCGAUCGCUGAUCAGAGGACAGAAUCUUCAGAGGACAAAUCGUUAGAAGGUAAUAUGUUCUUACAAGAAGGCAGUAUUACAGUAAUGACAUACAGACAUUCUCACUAGUUUUAUAGUGGACUGACAAAAACAACCAAUUUCUCCCUAAACGAUCACCUCCAAACAGAAUACAUCCCAAAGUAUUUUUUUUUUGCUCUGUUUUUGUUGUAAACGGCUUGCUACGACAUUUUGCCAUUUAACUGACUACUUGCAGGCUUUCAUUUUGUAGUUAUUGUUGUUUUCUUUUUUUAUCAAUUAAUCAUCAAACUAAAAUUAUCACAUCCUGUCACGUCAUCAUAUCAUGGGUCACGUGGCAAACGAACCUUUCACGCGACGCGAUGAAACUGAAAAUCGACCUUGAUAUUCUCGAUUAUUUUAUUUACACAGAUAAAGUUAUGGAGAUGCACAAUCUUUUCCUUGAAGAAACACAGGGAUCAUUCAGUGAAGUAACGAAAUUAUUGCUUCUUUCUAGUCGUAGUGAACACAGUUUAGAUUCGAGGACGAGGACGACUCUGGGGACGAGAUUUGACUUGAAGUUUUGUUUUCUCAGAAAAUGGACACACUAGAAAGUAGCUUGCUAGCAAGCUCCUCACGUAUGGCGAGCGAAGCGAGGCGCGAGGGAACGCGCGAGAGAGGGGCACCCCUCGCACUCUCGUUUCCUUUCGCGUGCUGCUCUCGCGUGACUUCUCGCGACUCCCCCAAAUAGAGAGCUUGCUCGCAGGCUACUUGAAAAGUUUCAUUUUACUUUUUUUUUCAUCAAAAGCGUUUGCGCGGUUACAAGGGAGGUGAAACCCUCUCCCGAUCGCGAAAUGGUAAAACGUGUGACCGUUGAUCACUACUACAUUUUCGCUAUACUUGUCGUAGAAUGACGACGGCUAUCACGUUUUCCCGCCAAAAUGACGCCGGUUUCUGACGCGCGCACUAGUAUUGAGAAAAUGUCCUAUCCUAUCAAGAUCAUUCCAACUCGCUUUGUCGUUGCAGUUGAUUUUUCAUAGCGUUGAAUGCUUACUGGCGCAUUCAAAAUCAUAAAUAGAAAGAGAAAUUGUCGUCGUGUGUUUGAGUGCUCCGUUAAAAACCACUUUAUGAAAUUUCUUAUCGCACGGUCAGUGUUCGCGGGCUAGGUUACGCAGUGACGGCAAUGAUAUUGACCAAAAAUUUUGAUGCACGUGCAGUGUUGUAGUUUUGUUUAUACUGUACCCAUCGCUUUUUUCAAGUUCCCGUUGCUGUCGUCGUCGUGGUUGUUAAUUCUCCCUACUAUUUGUCUCGUUCCUUGCAAUUUGCGUUGAGAAAACGGAGACUUCCAUAUAGCGAUACCCACGCUGACGUCACCUAUUGAUAUUAAUUUGCAACCAGAAGCGCAUUGGUUAGUUAAUUGUUCUAUUGUUUCACUCGCUACAAAUUUGAAUAACAAAAACAAUGUCUGUAAACAGUGAUGUCUUCAAAAAUUAGUAGAGGAAAACUGUUUCGACUGUUUUAACAUUUGGCUUGAAAGCUGUUACAAUCACAUGUUAUUUAUUUUUCAGCUUGAAGACAAAUUGCUACAGUUUCACUUGGGAAACUUAGAAUUUAGUUGCGCCUCUCCUCUUAACAAAGUUUCUUCCUUGUCUUGGGAUCAAAAUGAAGCGUUCCCCCAGUUUUCUGGUGAUCACACGCUGCUUCAGAAUGGAUUUGGCGUCUUAAUGAAGAACCUCGCUCAGGGCUUGGACAUCACUUUCAACUGUGAAGUAUGUGGCUUUGUCACAUUCCCCGUAUCAUUGCAGUGUUUAUUUGUUUUCGUAUUUAGAUUUUAUUGGUUAAACCUAGCUCUGUUAAGACAGUGAAUCCUACUAUACCUACCUCCAGAGCGGUGCAUGCCGCUAAAUUUAAGUUAACCUUAGACUGUUCACAGUCCCCUAUUUUCCGGUAAGAUCGUCGAGGUUGAGCGCUCACCGUCACUGACAGCUAGUGGUUUCAAAAUGUACCGAGGGGGCGUUGCUGAGAUAGUCAUCUUCAAGCUAGACUCGUUCAAGUUGGCCGCCUGUAGCGCCCGUUCUCGACGAUCUUACGGAAAAAAUAGGGGACUAUGAAGAGCUACGUUAACCUCCGAUCAACGUUCUUUUGUUUGGGGGAGUGCGAAAGUCCGAGCGGGCUGGGGAAAAAGGGAAGAAGGAAGAGGGACAGCCUGCUAGCAUAGUUUUUGGCAUGAUUUAUCAUUGCGAGCAUAAUUUUCAUGUAUUUUCCGUAAAAAAAGCACUGAUACGCAUAACUGGCUCUGUUUAUCCAUGACUGGCGCCAGCUUGCCCGUUGUUAAUUGUUUGAGUUUUUUAGUUAUCAGACAAUGAAUUAUGCUCUCUCUAAGUUUCUAGAUGCAAACAGGGUAAAUGGGUUUGCCAUUUACUUGUUUUUUGCAUGGGUAUUGAGGUGUUUUUAAGCGAAUUUGGCCUUCUAGCGUUUUGCUCUAUUCAUCCAAUAGCUUGUAAGUACUGACUUCUUUACAGACCCGAGACGUGAUCCGGUCUAUUAAAUAAAUUCUUAAUGUCAUGCGCUGUUGUCAAUGUAUACAUCAUAGAGUAAUGUCAAAACCUUUUGUUAGGUAGAAGAAAUUAACUACUCUGGUGAUAAAGUGAUUCUCACAAGCUCUGAAGGAAGGGAAUUUACUGCGGACAAGGUAUUUGUUGCUAAAAAUAUUAUUUUCAUCUUUUAAUCCGAGAAAAAUAAACCUACAAUCAGCGAUAAACGUGUUGAGUCCUUGAGAGAGAACAAAACAAUCCCCCCCCCUCCCUUCCAUUCGAAAUUGAGGUGUUUGUUGAUUCCUACAGGUAACUCAAACAGCGGUACAACAUUAGAGACCGCUAGAUUCGAGGAUGAAAACGACUACGAGUACGAGAUUUGACUGAAAGUGUUGUUCUGUAUUCUUAAAAAAUAGACACCCCAGAAAUCUUUUUUGCACUUUUGAUUCAACAGAAAAUUAGCACUGUUAUCUUUGUCGAAGGAGGUUAACCCCUCUUCCGAUUGGAAAAUGAUCAAAGUUCUAACAUUUGAUAACUUGUUUCCGCCACUGGAACAUUACAGGGAGCUUAAGCAACGAUGACGGCGACGUCAAUGAGAACGGCAAAAAAGCAAUGGGUUUAGUUAUGAGCAAAACAACAACUCUGCACGUGUAUCAGGCUUGAAUGUGGGGGUGGGGAGGGAAACUUCAUUUGCCCCGUUUUAAGUCAGCCAAAACAAUCCCAUAGUGCAAUUCGACCCAAUACCUGUUUAUUCUUGGUUCGCAACCACGUGACAUGGUGGCCAUUUUGGUGGCCAAUGCGAUAAAUAUUAUUUCAAAGAAUUAAUAUGAAAAGGGUUUUUAGUUCCCAAAAGAUAGAAAUGUGUUUGUUCUUGGCCACCACCAUGGCUGCCAUUAGUCUGCGAAAACAUCCGUUUCUCUUCGCUCUUAGGAGAAACGGAUGUUUUCGCAGGCUAGGCUGCAAUGACGUUACGUGCAAACCACCAAUACCCAGCGGUGUUACGAGUUAUUGUGUGACAAUGUUUAGCCGUUUUACGUCAAGUACUCUGUCUGUCACAGGUUAUUGUUACUGUUCCUUUGUCACUGUUGAAGUCAGAGAGGAUAAGAUUUAACCCUGACCUUCCAGAGAAAAAGAAAGCUGCAAUUUCCAAUUUAGGAGCUGGACUAAUAGAAAAGGUAAAAAAAAAAACGCUAACUGAAUGGUGAAGAUGGGUUGAUUUAGUUCGUUUUAGAGAUAUUUGGUGAUAGAAGAACCAUGACUAAAUACGCAACAUGCAUGGGUUUCUGCAAAGCCAAGAAAUGCUUAAUACUGUUCUUGAAUGUUUCUAUAUUCAAUAACAGCUGCAUCAUUCAGUAUUCUCUCUUGGUAUUAUGUGAAGAAAAACUAGCCAUUUGGUCAUGUCUGAAAAAGUAUGAUCUUAAUCAGUGUAUUUGUAUUAUGUGAAGAAAAUAAAAAUUUAAUUAUGUACGGUUUGGUUUGUCAUAGCAACAUAAUUGUUUAUCUCCAUAAACUUGACUUUUAAUUAUCGUCUUGACGCUUAUGUUGCAGGUUGUUUUGAAAUUUAAGUACAAUUUCUGGGAGAAAGUCGUUCAAGGGGCAGAUUUCUUUGGGCAUGUACCCCAAACAAGUUUGGGACGUGGCCAUUGCGGACUUUUUUAUGAUCUCUGUAGCAAGGUAACCGACGAUGUAGCUGUGUUUAUUAAUGUUUCAUGCGGUAAAAUACAGCGUAACUAAGUUAACAACAUAGACCUUAAUCAAGCAACUAUCAAAACAUUUUGCACAUCGAGCAUCGCAUUGAAAAACUUGAGAACAAGUCUCUUGAGACGUGUAUAAACAAAUUCCUUUAUUCUCUGGGGUCUUAGUAUGGCGACCGUGUGCAGGCCCGUAGAAGUAGGGGGGCGAGUAGGCCCGUGCCCCCCACUUUUUUGGCGAAAAUUUAAAAAAAAGAAGACUGCCACUUUACCGUCGAAAAUACUGAGUUAAUAACACAAGGCAAUUCCCCUUUCGAUUUUAACAAAUUUGUUGUUAGGGCUAAUUUUUUUUCGUGCCCUCUCACUUUCAAAUUCGUUCCUACGGGCCUGGCCGUGUGGAUAGAUUCUUUGUGGGCCCCUAAUUUUAGCAGUGUAAAGCGUCGCAAAUUUUUUUGCGGAACAUUUAGAGUAGCCCUUACAGGCUCCUUCCUCUUUCCCUAUGUUAGCACUGUUUGGUGGUUGCCCGGAGGACUCUAUCGAAACGGGAAUGGGGUGGUGGAAGUUAGACUGGCUGGUUUACCAUGAUUGCUGGCCAUGGGAGCGGUUAACUGUCAAGGUUCCUGUGUGUCACAGUGGUGACCCCAAGACGUCCUUGACACUCAUCUUCCAAAUAAUGCGAGGCCGUUUGAAGCCCCUACCGGACAAAUAUUGGCCCUGUUAUGUAAACAGUUUUCGCAGUACGACCUUUGUCACUUCCAACCACCCAUCUCUGACCCCCCCUCCCUCAAUAUCUCACCCACUUACUCACACAUUUGUUCGUUUCUUUUAGAGUAAUGAAAAAAGUAAGAAGUCAAGUCACGUUUUAAUGACUGUGUUGAGUGGAGACUCGGCAAUACAGGCACAACAAAUGACAGACAGAGAAGUCGUAGACUCUUGUAUGAGUACACUUCGCAAACUAUUCCCUUAUAAGGUAUUUAAAAGGCCUGUUAUUAACAUACCGUGAUGUUCUCUUUGGGUGGCCUAAGGUUUUCCCUCGAAUUGUGGAGUGGGAUGUCCUAUUUUUCUUGGCAUGAGCUGCCAUUACCAUUCCACAACUUGUUAACAGUUUACAAAUUUCGAAAGUGACGAACGCGAUCGCGACUGCAAGUAUCAUUUUGAGACGGUCCGUAUAGCUUGCAAAGCAAAGACAAGGUUUGUAUGUUACAGCGACUGCGAGAGUAAAACGUCUUUCAGAUGUUCUCGCAACAGAGUAGUCAAAUUUAUCACAGACGUGACGUCAGUACCGACGGCGCACGCGCAGAAGUGAUAACCAGUUUGACCAAUGGAAGAGCGGCGAACUGGGAAUCCAAAGUCCUUUCUACGCACUUUCGUGUUCUCAUUUGGCAUGGAGUUGUCUUUGCGAAAUUUACCAAUGGUAGUUACUGGAGAGUUUUGUGGUUUAUUGCAGAUUCCUGAUCCCCAAGCUUAUAUCGUAACACAUUGGGGUAGAGAUCCUUAUUCAGGCAUGGCAUACUCGUAUAUACCUAUUGGUUCUACUGGAGAAGAAUACGAUCUUCUGGCCUGUGAUAUUGACAACAAGGUCUUUUUUGCUGGAGAGGUAUGAUUCAAGCACCGUGUAAGAAAUAUAGAAGCAGGAGUGUUCUGUAAAGUUUUCAAAUCCAAGCGCAGCUGAGCAUUCUUAGGUUGUUUUACACCAGAAGCGUUCUUCUGUUUACACCCAUUUUGAAAUUACUGGUGAUUCUUGAAAUGUGUUGGUUUUCUCGGCGGCAGUGCGAUUUUUUCAUGACCCUCAUUUUUUUGUGCUCUAAGGGACUGUUUACGUGGAGGUAGCGGACCCCAGGUAGGUUAGGUAACCCGCCUCUCCAUAUAUUACCUGUCAUUUUAUCAUGAUCACGUUUAUAUAAUAGGUUGGGUGGCCAUUUGAGAGAUUAUAUGGACAGGCGGGUUACCCCACCAACCUGGGGUCCCCCACCUCCAUGUAAACAGGCCCUAAAUCGCAUCAUUCCUGGUAACUGAAAUUCGUUUUGAAUCGUUGGCUGUGUUUCAUUUAAUUGAAAAACAGUCAAGAAAUAUUGGAAAUUCCUUUUGUAUGUUUUUCAGAAAUUACUGCCGAUAAUGCAAUCAAUUCCUUCUCAUUGCUUAGAUUCUGAAUCGCCUUUUGCUCAUGUUUCUUAGGCCACCAAUCGUCACUUCCCGCAGACGGUUACGGGAGCUUAUCUAAGUGGCAUUAGAGAAGCUGCAAAGAUUAUAUCAUGCAUGGAGACGAACAUUGCACAGGGAGAUUCUGCCCGAGAUGUGGGUUAGCGGAGAUGAAUUAACCGUGGCUUCAAGCUGUUAUGCGGGAUUCGCUCAAGCUUUGACCAGACGUCAAGUUUAUCACUUCUUCAUUCCUUGAUUAUUCAGGGAUUUCAGCCCGCAAUGAAGACAUUCCGUUCGGUUAUGUCAGUUCUACUCUGAAUGGACACGUUUUUGAUAAUUACGUGGUGAAGACUAGAAUUCAAUUUACGCUGCUGUCCAAGUUUUUGGAACAUGAUAAAAUGUGGCGGUUGCAGAUUUUUGUGGUGAUAUGAUGAGGGAGUUUUAGCAACCACCACGAAACGGAAGUAAAAUCGUCACUAAGUAAAUGAAUUUGUGUUAUUUCAAAGUUUAUCGCGUUUAUUUAGCUUCGCUCAAUUCUGUUGAAUGAAGUCGAAUUUUUGCUGAAGUUGAAUUGUGAAUGACCGUGUCCAAGUUAAAAAAGGCUGGGUUCGUGCAGUCUUGAAUUCUUGAAAAAGUCUUGAAAAUUUGCACAGCAAUUUUCCAGACCUGGGAAAAGUCUGAAAAAUAGAGGUAAAGUCUUGAAAAAAUGGUAAAAAGCCUUGAGAUUUUUUGAAAGCCGUACAACAAGUCCUUCAGAAGUGAAUUUUUUUUCGUGUUGGUCAAAUCUCAUUCAAUCUCGCCUUCAUGUCAUGGAAAAAGCUUUGUUCCUACUUUAUUUUUAAGGUCUCUGUUGAUGACCUAUUUGAUAACCUCGAGUCUGGAAAAAUAAAUUAUUGUUUUGGAAAAAGUCUUGAAUUUUGGAUCAAAAAUCUGUACGAACCCUGAAAGAAAAGGAAAUUCGUCGCCCUGUGGUCACGUCCUUCGUAAACGUUUCACGUCUGCAGGGUCUUAGUCGUUAGAUGAUGUCAAAGAAAUGUGCUCAGAGUUUGCUCAUAAAAUCCUUUUUGUUUUCCACGUUGUUGUUGCAAUCGUCGUCGAGGUUGCAAAAGUUCCCUGUUAUUUUGCUCUUUUUGGACAAUUAUUUUUAUUUUCUUCAAGGAAGUAAAAUCAAGAAGAGACGUAGAGCUCUGAACUGGCCAAUCUCUGGCAAGCUAAAGAAUCAAUAAAGAAUGUAAUCUUGAAUUUUUGCCACGAAACGCACCCUCGGUCGGUUGAGACAGCCUAAAAUUGGAUGUUUCGUGAAUGUAAAUAGCACAAAACAAAAUACUUUGUCCAGUGUUAUCCUUCGUUAUGCCUAAUUUGUAAUAGUGAAAGUAGUUAUUUUUAAAAUAAUUUUACAAGAGCGUUUUUUUCUGCGUGAACAUGGCAAAUUAUGAACGUUCAAAAGAAAUGGUAUGCAGAAAUAGCGAUCGAUAAGUCCGUUUAUUUAGUUAGUUGAUUAGAAAUAAAUUACUUUAAUAGUUGACAGAACGUUACGAGGGCCAAGAGCCUGAAUUAACACAGCAAUUGCACGUAGGUCACGUUCCUUUUGAUGCAGUGAAUGUUGAUCUCAUAGCUAAUUGUAUUUGUUUUCAGUGGUUUUUAUGAGCCUCAUUUUAACGCAGAUAAAAUGUUGAAGCUUUAGCCAAUUAUACAGAAUGUUUUCCAGUUUGAUAAAGCAAUUGUAUUUAUUAAAUUAUUUAUGAUACACUUAGUACAUUUCCAGG